AUGGAUCAUGAUGACCUUCCUUUUGACCUGUAUGGAGUUUCACACCUGUCAAAAAUUGAUGACAAUGAACUCGCAUUGGAAUUACAUACCCACCUCCAGUCUAUCGGAAAAUUUGUCAAAGCUGCAGAUCUUGUCAGCUACAUCAGUGACAAGGAAGUUCAAAAGCAGUUUGGACUUACAUCUGGAAUUUCACAUGCCACAGCAAAGCGGUGGAUGCACAAGCUUGGCUAUCGCUGGCUUCGUGAUCAGAGGGGCCAAUAUGUUGAUGGUCACGAGCGCAUCGACGUCAUUCAAUAUCGCCAAGAAGUAUUCAUUCCUGCAAUAAUGGCCAUCGAACCACGUCUUAACAAAUGGCUAAAAGAUGGCAUCACAUCAGAAUCAUCACUUUCCCCAGGAGAACGACAUGUAGAAGCUUGGUUUCAGGAUGAAGUUACCUUUUAUGCAAAUGACCGUCGGCAUUCUGGAUGGAAGCAGUUAGAUGCCAGCAUAGAUCCUCGUCCAAAGGGGGAAGAGGUUUCUAUGAUGGUGUCAGACUUUGUCUCUGCAAUGCAUGGCUGGUGCCGCUCACCUGACGGAAUCUUAUGA